GAUUCAGCGGAUGUCAUGUCCAAAAGCAGCGAACAGCAGCGUCGCCUCUUCCCUAUCGUCUCCUCCUUCUCUCUGGGAACCGAGGGGCGGCAGUGGGCUCGGGCCGUGACGAUUAUCCGUGACGCAGGUUCGUCCUCCAUCACUAGCAGUGCCCACAGGCUGAAAACACCCAGCAGCCAUCACGACCGAUGGAAAUAUGUAGUUAACUCGCACGGUUUGCCACAUUACGAUAGCAGGAGGGUUCGGCGGAGUCGACCAUUUGGAAGGGAAGCCACCAUGGGCGGUCACGACGACGACGGCUCGUACGUCGUAAACAAACAAAAACAGGACGAAGAGCUGAAGAACAAGCUGAACGAAGGCAGCCACUGCAACAACGCCAAGCGGGUCAAAGAGGGCCAGAACCAGCUGCGCAAAGUCACUGAGAACCAGCAGGACCAGGACCACAACUGCAACAUCAACCAGAAUGGCAACAAGGACGACUUCCCUCUGCAGAACUCCACUCAGGAAGAGCAGCAGGGAAACGAGGAGCAGACCAAGUCCCCCAAAGCGGCCAUGACGCCCGGCCUCAGCCAGGAGGAGUCCAAGAACAUCCUCAACGAGCCGCUGGUCAUCCACGUGCUGGGGUCCGAAGAGGAGAAGGAGAAGGAGCGGGAGGAGGACGGCAAGGAGAAAGACAACGACUGCGAGGGGCAGGAGGAGGCUUCGGAUGGCGGCGGAGGAGAGAAACUCACAGAGCGGAGUAACGUUGAGUCUCACAGGGAAGGUGGCGGCGUGGGGAGGAACGCCUGCCUCCUCUUCUCCAACAUGAACGGCACCCCGAGUGACGAAGACCCCAGCUGGCCUUCGCUGUCUCAGGACAACUCUGACAAUUCUCCGAAUGGGAACAGAGAAUCUUUCUGGGACUCCAGCGCGUUUGAGACGGACACAGACCUGCCUUCCGGGUGGAUGAGAGUGCGCGACACAUCUGGCACGUAUUACUGGCAUAUUCCCACAGGCACCACCCAGUGGGAGCCUCCGUCACCUCUGGGGAAGGUCGGCGACUCCAUGAUGUCCUCCACCAUGUCUCUGGAGACCACGCCCUGCGAGGAGCCGGAGGAAACCUGGGCUCAGCUUUCCAGCACAGAUGAUGGUGGCGAUGAAGGGGAACUGUGGAAGGAGGAGGGAGAAGCUGCAUCUGACCAGAGUCUGAAAGAGUUUGAAGGAGCAACUCUACGCUAUGCAUCUAUCAACCUAAACUACAACUGCUCCCAGUCAGAGGAGGAGGAAAAGAUCGCUCCGCAGUGCACAGAUCUAGAGACCAAGUGUUUCGCCGUGCGCUCUCUGGGCUGGGUGGAGAUGUCUGAGGAGGACCUGGCACCCGGAAAGAGCAGCGUGGCCGUCAACAACUGCAUCCGGCAGCUCUCCUAUCACAAACACAACCUCCACGACACCGCUGGGAUCUGGGGGGAGGGUAAAGACAUGCUGAUGGUCCUGGAGAACGACACCAUGAACCUGAUCGACCCUCUGGGCCAGACUCUGCUUCACUCUCAGCCAAUCGGAAGCAUCCGUGUGUGGGGCGUCGGCAGAGACAACGGAAGGGAAAGGGAUUUUGCUUAUGUUGCUCGGGACAACCUCACCCAGGUGCUGAAGUGUCACGUUUUCCGCUGCGACUCGCCCGCCAAGAACAUCGCCACCAGCCUACACGAGAUGUGCGCAAAGAUCAUGAUGGAGAGAAAGGCAAACAAGCCAGGCGUGAGCAGACUCAACUCUGAUCCAAGUAAACCGUUUGGCAUCCCUGUUGAAGAGUUUCCUGCUCCAAAAAACGAGCUCUUCCAGCGCUUCCAUGUUUAUUACCUGGGUUGUAUACCAGUGGCCAGACCAGUCGGAAUGGAGAUACUGAAUGAAGCGUUCGAGUUUGCGAUGGCUGGCAGGGAUAAAAACGACUGGACUCCUGUUUCUGUCAACGUGGCACCAGCCACCCUCACUAUACUUUCAAAACAGGAUGACGAGGUCCUGUCGGAGUGCAGGGUGCGCUUCCUGUCGUUCAUGGGCGUGGGGAAGGACGUCCGCACCUUUGCUUUCAUCAUGGCCGAAGGCCCGCAGGAGUUCACCUGCCACAUGUUCUGGUGUGAGCCCAACGCUGCCAGUCUGAGUGAGGCCGUUCAGGCUGCUUGCAUGCUUCGCUACCAGAAGUGUUUGGAUGCCCGCCCCCCCAGCCUGGCCUCCUGCCUGCCCACCCCUCCUGCUGACUCCGUGGCCCGCCGGGUUAAGAAAGGUGUUCAGAGUCUGCUGGGCACCUUUAAGAGCUACAGGUCCGGUUCUCAGUCCCCGUAAGCCGGCGAGAGGACCCUCUACUGUCUGCCAAAUGCCAACGUCCAAUCACAGCAGCGCCCCUCCUCACCCCCCCACAUGUCCCCCUUAAUCCACCUUACCGCCGUCUCUCGUGUGCAGUCUGUAGUGUGUGAGGUAGGUCUCCACACAAACCCCUCACAUCAAACAUCUUCUUUGUGUUUUUUUUAACAGAAUCGUUGAAUGUUUGACACGGAUGUAAUAUUUUUACCCGCCGACACAAGAAUUCCCACCGAAGCGCUCCGCCGGUCGUCAACCGCAGAACUUUCUGUACCGUUUUAAGGUGUCAUUAACCCCCCCGCCCCCCUCGCGUAGUCGUACGUCUCCCAGACGAUGUAAUUUAGUCUUCCAGUGAUCUCCUUCACUGACUGGAUCGUAGUGCGUUCUCUUGUCAUUCUGCAUGAACAUUCACAAUUUCAGCGCUAGCGUGCAAUAACCAGAUGUCUCCGUAUGACGUGAUGAUUUUUUAAAAAGUUUUAUUUUUAGUAACGAGCGGGUCUUCAUCGAUCGAGCGCGAGAGGCUUAAAUGGAACAAACAGAGCCAUGAUGAAAAUCAUUCUCUCCUGAUGAUAAUAGUAAUAAAGCUACAAACUCUGGGUUUUCUUCACAACUGUUUACCACCAACAAAAAGCGACUGAAUCGUACUGUAUACUCUCACCACGAGCUGCAUGUUUUGAUAGCUUAGAUGACUGCUGUCUGCAGCAGGGUAGUGCUCAAGAGCCAUCAGUGUAACCUAUAAAUAUAUAUAUAUAUAUAUUUUAUUUUUUUUUGCGUGUGUGUUUCUGUUUUGGGGGGAAAUGAGGAAGUUAGAGCUGAUGUGAUUUUCGUGUACCAUAGGCAUGUCACUCCAGUUAGUGUUCAGUGUUUAUCUUUAAGCUAGCUUAGGGAGUUAAACCUCUUGAGUAAAAGAGAAUUUUUGUUUUAUUUUCUGUUUGUUUGUGUGUGUGUGUGUGUGUGGCCCCCGGUCUCUCUGGUUAUUGUUUUAUUAUUAUUGGUUUUUUUCACACACUAAUGUGUAAACACCAAACACGAUUUCUACAUUAACUUGUUAGAUUUAGUUUUUAUAAAGACUCACACUACUAGCCGAGUUGUAUUUUACCUUUGUGUCCGUCGUAAGUGGUCAGUACUGUAUGUAGCACAAUAGUAAAGCUCAUGUCUAAUGUUGAAGAUGCCGUGUGUAAGACGUUUCAGAGCGUUACAUGAAUCAGCUUUAAGACUGUUUCACCCAGAUAAGAAAGAAGAGCGAACGGCAUUUUUGGUGUUUUUGGGUUUAAACCACAAAUUUUGACAGUUAAAAAAUUGCCCAACUAAUUAUUAAGGGCCAAAAAUUCCACAGUUUUCUAUAAAUGUCAAAUAAGUAAAAUUACUCUUAGUGUUUUUAAUUGUUUUAGUACUUUAUAGGACAUAACAGUGGUGGUAUUUAAAAGGAUUUAAACUUUAUUUUUUAUAAUCCCAGAGCCCCAUAAAUUGAUCUGCAUGUCAUCUGCUGUGCAGAAUAAUCAAUGUAAUCUGUGCUUUCUAUCUGAUGAGCCUUAAUGAGAGUUUAAGGAGCAUAUAUCUUCAUUUUUACAUCACUUUGGGCUACUUUUAGCUUUAUAACUUUUUAUUAUUUCUGAGAUUGACAAAAUCUAAAUUGUGAAAAAUACAAGUAGGCUCUAGGACACUGGGAAAAAAUCCAAAGAGCGUCUGGAAGACCAAACGUGAGCAUCAGUGGGCGACACAGUGGUCACCCCAGACGAAAGCAGGGAUUUGACAAAGUCUCUAGAACCUCCCAGAAUGUGAGUUCAUUAAGAAUACCUUUAUCAGUCCCUGAACAUUUCUCUACAUCCUGUCCAAAACAACAAGAAACAUGUUUAACAGAAUGUCUUCCCAUAGAACAUGGGAAGACAGAAGCAUGAAGCUGCAGCUUUCCCUAAUGUGAGGAGAUGUGCAGUAGCUUGGAGAUUCAACAGUCUGGCACUUACAGUUAUUACUAGCACAGUCCUUCACACCUUUCUGACAUGUUUGGCUCUCAGAAGUCACUUCAGGCUCCUAUUGGAAGUGAAAACACGCAGAGAGCUGCUACCAGAUGCGCCCUUUCAUUUGGCUCAGACACCAAAGAAGAGUAACUACUGUACUGAUUUUACUGUUGGCGAAAAACAUUUUUGAUGUUCUGGCUGUUGACUUCCUGAAAGCUUACGGAUUUGAUUUUAUUUUUGUUUUUUUGUAAAUUAGUGCUAAAAUGAAUAUGUAUGGUUUUUAAACUCUUUUAGGACAGGCUGAAGCACAGGAAAUAUUAAAUAAAUACUGAAAUUUUCCAUUAAAAAAAAAUUAAUUUAAUUGUUAAUGAUUUAACAUAUUUAGUUGUGUUUUUUAGUAGUAAACUGACAUUUCUAUACAUACUGAGAUAUUUGUUAGAUUGUGGCACUUUAGGCCCUUGGUGUUCAUCAGCUCUAACUGUACAAAGUUUUGUCAGGUAAAUCGGAAAACACGGUGCCAAAAGGAAUUGUCAUUCCGUUACAACAUCUGGUAACACUUUAUUUGAACGGGUUGUGAAUAACACUGUCAUGACUCCGUCAUAAACAUGAUAUGACACCUGUCAUGAGUAAGUUUUCAUGAAUAUGACUGUUGUCAUAAAGUGUCAUUUGGUAAAUCAUGACAUUUUUAAUACCAAGUCGACAUCAUUCAAAAUGUCUUUGCUAUGACAACUUGAAAGAAACCAUGAUUUGACAUAAAUUUAUUAUAAAAGUUUUACUGAUUAAACUUUAAAAAUUAUGUAGCUUUAUGUUAUUAAAGCUAGUUUAUGACGGUGUCAUGACAGUCUUAUUCACAACCCGUCAAAUAAAGUGUUGCCAAACUUUUAAGCAUAUCUAACAGACACGAACACAUUCACGUUCAGAGAGGUUCGCUGCGGCGAUUCCUGUGACACAUCUUUUCGUCAUAUCUGGUUGUGAAAGCAACGCUGUGUCUGUGAUGGCUCCCAAAACUCUUUCCAACUUCAUUACGACGUGAGAUAAAACACUACAGAAGUCGACACUACGUUCACUCAUGUAACUGCCUUGUCACUCACGUGUCACAUGAAGUUAUUGUGGUUUUCUCCUCUGACGAUUGCUGUGUCCAGUCUGAUGAUUAAAAGAAAAUGGAUUAAUUUAUUUCUGGUCAUGUAAAUUAGGUGUAAAAAAAAAUGGAUGUAUAUAAAAGUCACUGCACAAUAAAUGUUGACAUAUCAUCAA